AUGAAAGAAAUUAGAUUCGUUUUCUAAAAAUUCUACGUUUUAAAGCUAUAGAAAAUAUUUUAUAUAAAAAAGCAAGGACUCUACUUACCUUUACUCCUUUUAGUUUUAUAACCAAUCUAGUUAUUAGCAGUUGCUAUACUUAAUAAAAAGAUAUCAUAAAAAAACGAAAAUCCCUCUAACGCAAGCACCUUUGAAUAAUAUAGAUUUUUCUAGUUAGUUUUAGGAAAUGAUUAAAUAUUUAAUAGCGUGGUAUCGUUUAUCUGCUUGUCUAUCAAUAUUAUUAUUAUCAGCUACCUUAUUUUAAAAUUUUCCAUAUUUAUUUUUGAAUCUUUUCAAAAAAUAAAAAAGCCUAAUUCUACUUUAAGCAAGCCUUAUAUCAGCUUUAUAUAUUAAGUGUAUGAAGCUAUCGCAUAGUUUAUAAUAUAUGCUUACCUACCUUCUUUAAAUAUUCCUAUUAUCUACUUUUCUUUAUUUCACAAUAGUAUAAGCAUCUUAGGAUAUAUAAAUACUUUCUCAACCUUUUACAUUAGUAUUAUUCUUUGUGAUUGUGAUUACAAUUACUCAACUGAUGUUUAAUAGGAUAUACUAGCUAGGCCAUACCAUUUUAGCCAAAUAAUAUUGCAAUUAAGUCAAUGCAUUUGUUUACUGCUUUCAUGCAUUAUCUAAAAUUAUAGCUUCUACUUUGUAAUAACUUAUUAAGCAGCUGAUUUGUUAAUAUUUUACUUAUAUAGGUAAUAUAAUUAAGUAAUUGCUAGUAAAUUCUACUUAUUUUCUUAAUUAACAUGCUUAUUAAUUAAUAUUAAUUGUAUGUUUAAAAAUGACAUGAUAGACUUAAACAGCAGCUAAUUUAUAGUUUUACUUGCCUAAUUUUGUUUUGUUUACAAAGUAAUAGAAAAAAUAUUUUAAAAAAGAAAUAAUGAUCUUAUGGAAAGUUAUUUUUCUUUAACAAAUGAUGAUGAAUUAGAAUGGAGGUAGCUCGAUUAAAUUAUUAAAGCAAAUAUAUUAGAUAAAAAAGACUUGAAUUCAAUCUAAUAGAGGCAGAUAUUGAUUAUUUCGUUAAUAUCUAAUUUAGGUUUUAACUAGGCAAAUCCAAAUUAAGAAGAAAAGCUUGAAAUAGAAGACUAGAACUUAUUUAAAAGCGAUGAAUGGCUUUUAGACUAAUUAAAUUAACAAAUAUUAAAAAAAUUUCAAACUAAAAAAAAAAAUCAACCAGUAGAUUUCUUUUUAACCUAUUUUGUAUUUUUAAUCUAAAGAAACAGAAACUAUAUUUUAUAUUUGAUUGAAAGCUAAAAAAUGGAAAAGCAUCACCAUUUAUCAUUCAAGCAAAAAUAAAUAUUUUCAUAAAUUAAUAAAUUAUUUACAAAAGAAAAAAUGAUUUUAGAAAGAACUUAAGGAAAUUCAAGUCCUUUUUCAAAAUAUUUGCUUGAAUAAAUUUAAUUUUCUAAUUAAGCUUUCGCUCUUAAAGAAAAGAUGAACUAAACAAUUAUUUAAAAGCUACAUUUGGUAGCUUAUCUUCAUGAAAAAGAAAUCGAUUCUUAACAACUUUUAAAAAUUCUGGAGCCUUUAUAAAAUAAUAUCAUUGAAAUUAGGCAGAGUUUUAAGCUUCUUUAUUAUGAAAAUAGAUGUAGUAAAGAAUUGAUAUAAUUAUAAUAGUUGUAUUAAGAAUAUCUUUCUUUCUCAGCUAAUGACAUACCAAUAACAAAACCAAUAGAAAUAGACCAAAGACAUAUAGCUAAAAGCACUUCAAUUAGCAAUUGCAUCAUAUUUGCUAAUCCAGAAAAAAAUAAUGUAUGGACUAUCAAAAAAGCUUCUUCUGGAAUUUAAUCAAUAUUUUAAAUUCCUGAUCACGAAUUAUUAAAUUAGGAUAUAACUAUAUUGAUGCCACAUGUUUUUAGAAAUUAACACUAUCAAUAUCUAAAUGAUUUUAUGAAUAAAGAUAGCUAUAAAACAAAUAUUGAUGACCACUCUUCAUUAUUAUUAUUUGGAUAAAAUAUGCAUGGGUAUAUAUUUCCAAUUACUUUAGAAGUUAGAGUAAAUUAUUAGAUUUAAGAAGAGUAAUCUAUUUUUGGAUUGGUAGCUUAGAUAAGCUAACUUUAACUGAAUUAAGAAUUUAUCCUAUUUAAUUAGCAGAGUUUGUAACUCUACGGAAUCACUAAAAAUCUCAGUUACACUCUCUUUAAAAAAGUAAAACUGAUACAGUCUUUAAAAUUAAGCUAAAUCUUUCCUUUUAUGAAGAAAAAUGAGCUUUAAAAUUCAAAGUAAGAAGUCUCUAAUAAAAUAUAGAUUGCGUAACAAAAUGAGUAACAACAUACCAAAGAAGAAAGUAUUAAUGAAGAAACUAAUUUUAAAUAUAAUUUUGAUGAGAUGGAAAAAUAGAAUUUAAAAAGCAGCUCAUUUUUAGCUAUUUUGAGGAAAUAAAAAUACAAAAAAGCUCAUUUAAGCAAGCAAAAGUUGAAAGAAGAAGUUAUUCAAAGCUAAAUUUUAUCUAAAGAUUACUACUUUUAUUUAGUCAAUUUUGAAAUAAAAAACCUAAACCACAAGUAUCAUUAAGAUGUAAGCAUCUUUAAGAUAUCUAAUUUAAAUUAGCUUAACAUAUUUAAAGAUGCUUAUCAAAUUGUCCCGUAUAUAGUUUAGAAUUUUUUAUUUUAUGAAAAUUUAUUAGGAGCAACUGUGUUAAAAGAAAUUAUAUCUGAGUUAACUUAUAUCUGUGGAUUUUAAGACAUAGACUAAUAUUCUCUUGACAGCAAAAUUUCCUAUGGAGUAUUACCAUUUGAAGAUACAAGUAAUUAUUUAAAAUUUGGUAGUCAAAACUCUCCUGAUGAAAAUACAAAACAUAGCUUAGAACGCAAAAUGAGCAAUUUAAUGAAGUCUUCUAUAGAGAGUACAUUAAAAUUUGAAAAUAUAAUCAAAAAUAAGGAAGGCUCUUAGAAAAAUAACAGUUUUUUAAUUUCUAAAAACACUGAUUAAGACACACAAAAUUAUUAUUCAAAACAUUUAAUUUAGGAAUCGUUUGGAAAAAAUUGUAAAUAGGAGGCUGAAAAUGACAACAAUAACAGAUUCUUAAUAUCUUCAGAUAGAAGUAUUAAAAUUGAUAUUAAUACAUUAUAAAAUAAUAACCAUAGCGAUGGAAGAGGGUUAAUCCUUUCACCCAAAAACACAAAUUUAAAUUCUACUUUAGUUGAUGUUCAAGAAGAGGAUAAUCUAAUGAUUAUGAGUGGGAAUAGAGAAAAAUCUAAAAGUUUAUUUAGCUAAGAAUUUGCUUUUACAAAAUAAAGGCCAUCAAAUUUUAAAAUAUAUUCUUCAGUCAUAAAAGAAACUGAUGAAUAUAACAACUAAAUUGAGCAAGAGGUUUAAAGUCCCAGAUAAUCCAAUAUUUAUGUUAAGGAGUAAUAGCUGAUAGAAAGCAUUACAAAUUUAAAAAAUUAAUUACCAAUGUCCACUUCAAACAAGCUACUCUCUCACUAAUUGAGUUAGAAUAAUAUUCAUUAUAACAAGGUAUAUUAAAAGAAAAAGUUUAAUUUAAACAUGAGCAAAUAAUUGAAGUAAGAAUAAAACUCUCAAAAGAAGUUAAAUUCAAUUGAUAACGAUUUAAGAAAAAAUUUGAAAGAAGUUUAAUCAACGAAUUCUAAAACUAGCACAUCAUCAAGUCAGAAGAAAGGGCUGUAAUAGAUUUUAACAAAAAAUAAAUUCCCUUAAAUAAUUAAAAUAGUGAAUUAUAUUGGUGUAAUUUGCUAUUUAAUUAUUAUCUUAUUGUUGAUCCUUUAAUAUGUUUUAUCGAUAUAGAAAAUAAAUUUAAAUAAAACGGACUAAGAUAACUUUCCAUUUUUAGUUGAUUACCAAAAUUACAUUUUUGAUAUCAUAAAAUAUAUGAACAUCCUUUACAUCUACAAUAGGACCAACCCACCAGAUUUAUUCUAAAUGACACCUGAUAGAAGGCAAAAGCUAGUAAACGAAAGUACAGUUUUAAGCCAGUCUUACUUUACAUCAAUGUAUGGUAUGCUUUCAGACAUGACUGGAGCAGAUUCAUAGCUUGACCUUUUUUAACUCCUUAGAUCAAAUUAUAUUAACUUUACUAUUGAAUAUUUAUAUCCUCCAUAAAAACUAUCAGGAACUUCUUCAAAAUCAACAUCAAUUUAAGAUUUCUAAAGACUAAUGACGAUUCAACAAGCCAUGAUCUUUUCUUAAAAUAAUGCUUUUAGAUAUAUUAAUAACUUGCCAGCUCAUAUUCCAGAAUAUUAUCACUUAAUAAAUUCAAUAUAAAUUUCAAAGAAAUUACAAGGAUUUUACCAAUAGAUUAAUGACAGUGGGGUGAACGAUACAAACAAUGUUAAAAAUUAUCUUACCACAAUAAUAUCUAUUGUAAUAUCAAUUAUGAGUAUAUGCAUUUUUAUUAUUAAUCCUAUCUAUGCUCUAAUAUAAACUAAGAGAGAUGAUACUUUAUUUUUAUUUGGAACUUUUAGUUCUAUUUAAUUGUAAUAAAUAACUGACAAGCUUAAUACUUAUUUGAGUUAAAAUCUUACAUCAAAAAAAUCAAUAAAAAGUAAUUUUGACAUGAUGAAAACGUAGAAUUUCAUAAAAGAUCAAAAUAAAUAAAAUUAUAAUAAGAGUAUUUAGUCUAAUUCUUCUAAUAGAAUGUGUAUAAGCUAGAUUUCAAAGCUACCAAAAUGUAAUAUCAAAAUCAAUCUGAUGUUAGUUGUAAUUUUUAUAUUAGCUGCUAUUAUUCCAAUAUUAGCUUUGAUGAAUACUCUGUAGUUCUUUAAUGAGUAAAUAGCGACAAUCAACGCAGUGUAUUUGCUUCAUAAAUUUUAAUUUUAAGGAACUUAAUUAAUCGCUAUAUCUUACUUUUGCUUAACCUUAAAGCUCUUUCCUAACGAAUCCAAUAUUGAUGAAAGUUUAUUCUUUGAUUAUCUUACCUUUGCAUAUCAAAGUUCUUAAAAUGGAUUAACUGAUUUACAAACAUUAUCAAAUGAUUCUUAAUUAAGAGAAGAAUAUGAUAGCUCAAUGUAUGAUAAAUUUGUUGCUCCCCUAUUAAAAACAAAUACAUUUAAGAAUAUGGAUGAUUUUCCUUAAUAUUAAUACGACUUAGAGGAAGGAGUUUUAGAAGAAUGUAGAGAAAUCUCACAAAGUAAUCUUUUAAGAGGAAUUUAUUUAGAUUAUAAUUAAUAUCUUUCUGAAUUUAAUUUAUUGUAUACUUUUUUAACCUAAACUGAUAAAUCAAAUGCUUAGCAGUAGUUGAAUUAGAUUUCUAAAGAUUUUGACAUUUACUAAGUAACUAUUAGCGAAAGAUGUUUAAUGGGUGCAUCUGAUAUGAUUCAUGCAUUUAUUAAGGUUUAGUAUAAGAAUAAAUAUAAUCAAAUUAAAAUUUAGUAAAUUAUAUUCUUGAUCUCUUAAAUAACUUUACUGACUUUUUUAAUGGUUUUUGGCUGGUUCAAGUUAAGUUAUUUUUUCUCAAAAUAAAUAAUAAACACUUAAAAGUAUUUGCAGGUAAUCAAUAUCAACAUUCUAGUAGAAAAUCAAUACGUAAUUGCUUUUGUAAAAAAAAAUAUAAAAAUGUGA